AUGACCUCACGUAUCGAGAAGACCAUUGCUCGGCAACGAGAAAAGAUAGCCUCCGGUGCUUACUACGAGGCUCAUCAGCAACUGAGGGUCAUCGCUGCGCGGUAUAUCAAACAAGCGAAUUACGAUGCGGCCGCGGAGUUACUGGCAGGGGGUGCGACUGCACUUUUAAGGGCUGGGUCUCAGCAAGGCGCUUCUGCCAGUGGCGGAGACUUGGCCAUUAUGCUUGUUGUUGAGGUGUACACGAAGGCGGGGUGGGAAAUUACUGAAAAUGAUGAUGAUACGGAAGGCCGUGCUCGAAAGAAGCGCCUUAUCGAGCUUCUACAUGAAUUCCCAUCCGAGGAACCAACUCGCAAAAGGUUCAUACAGGAGAUGAUUGGCUGGAGUGGACGGUUUGGGCCUCUAGAGAGAGGCGACCCCGAUUUACAUCAUGCAGUUGGAUCGGUGUAUGCCGAAGACCAUGAACCCUACGACGCUGAAAAGCAUCUGAUCCUCGGAACCUCAGAAUCAGCUGAAACCCUGGCAAAAUUAGAGCAUGAGUGGUACACAAAUGACGAACCGCACACGGCAGCGAUUUACGCAUCCCGCGCAGUUUUCCCGUACCUCCUGACCGGAAAUCUGCGCAGUGCUAAUAAAGCAUUCCUCAUCUUCACGUCCCGACUUUCGUCCUCUAAUCCUUCCCCCAGUUCACAGGAUGUCAGCAGCUCCAGUACUGAUGUGCGAGUCUUUCCCGCAUUGCCUUUGCUGAACUUUAUCAGCAUGCUUCUCCUCACGAUUCAACGCGGCAGCGCGGACCUUUUCAAACAGUUAACAUCGCAUUAUGCACCGCAAAUCCAAGAGGUCAGCAUCUGGGAUGAUUUCUUGGCUCAGAUUGGGGAGCAGUAUUUCAGUAUUAAGAUCCCAAGACAGGGCAACCCUUUGCUGGAUAUGAUGGGUAGCAUGCUGUUUGGAGGGGGACAGGGCAGUACAGGCGGAAGGAUGUCGCAGAGCCGAGGCUCAUCCAAGAAAGUCGAAGCGCCACCAGCAAAUCCGGAGCUCGACUAG